AUGCCUAAUGUUGAGGCUAGAGAGGCACCAGCUUCACCGGUGACUGAGUCGGGAUCAUACGAUCGAGCGGCUGGGGAUGAUGCACUAUCCCAAGCUAUGCUCCGUAUUCUGGAAAGGGUCGCAGGGACCAAUACAGGUGCUAUAGGCCAUGGGUCAAUUUCAGAACGGCUCUGGUCGAAUGGAGUAGAAAUUUUUAGGGUUAUUUCUGGAGUAGCCCCUAAUGUGGCAAAAUACUACUUGGAAGCCACAGAAAGAAUAAUGGAUGACCUCAACUGUACCUCUGAGCAAAUGCUAAAAGGUGCAGUGUCUUUACUGCAAAAUGAAGCCUAUCAGUGGUGGCUUACUGUGAGAGAAGCUUUUCAAGGAAAGUAUGAUGGCGCAAGUUAUGUGGACGCCCGAAGAAAGGAAUUCUUGAGUUUGAUUCAAGGGAAUAAAACCGUGGCUGAAUAUGAGGCAGAGUUUCUGCGAUUGAGUUGUUAUGCUCAUGGAAUAGUGGCGACAGAAUAUGAACGCUUUGUGCGAUUUGAGGAUGGCCUCCGGGAUGAGUUACAAGUCUUGAUAGCUCCGUAG